AUGAAAGGCCUCGGUGACAGCCGCCCUCGCCACCUCUCCGACAGCCUGGACCCACCGCAUGAGCCCCUGUUUGCAGGGCCUGAUCGCAACCCCUACCUGCUAUCGCCCACGGAGGCCUUUGCCCGCGAGGCUCGAUUCCCUGGCCAGAACGCUCUGCCUGGGGAUGGUCUCUUUCCACUCAACAACCAACUGCCGCCUCCAAGCAGCACCUUCCCCCGCAUCCACUAUAACUCCCACUUCGAGGUGCCAGAGGAGAGCCCCUUCCCCAGCCAUGCCCAGGCCACCAAGAUCAACCGGCUGCCUGCCAACCUCCUGGACCAGUUUGAGAAGCAACUGCCCAUCCACCGCGAUGGCUUUAGCACGCUCCAGUUCCCCCGUGGUGAGGCCAAGGCCCGAGGUGAGAGUCCUGGCCGCAUCCGCCACCUGGUCCACUCGGUCCAGCGGCUCUUCUUCACCAAGGCGCCCUCACUGGAGGGCGCGGCAGCCAAGGUCGGUGGCAAUGGCAGCAAGAAAGGUGGCCUGGAGGACGGCAAGGGCCGGAGGGCCAAGAGCAAGGAACGGGCCAAGGCUGGGGAACCCAAACGGCGUAGCCGCUCCAACAUCUCGGGCUGGUGGAGCUCUGAUGACAACUUGGAUGGCGAGGGUGGCGCCUUCCGCAGCAGUGGUCCAGCCUCUGGGCUGAUGACGCUCGGCCGACAGGCGGAACGCAGCCAGCCACGCUACUUCAUGCACGCCUACAACACCAUCAGCGGGCAUAUGCUCAAAGCAGCCAAAAACAACACCGCUGAGCUGACUGCCCCGCCACCCCCACCCGCACCCCCAGCCACCUGCCCCAGCCUUGGGGUGGGCACCGACACCAACUAUGUCAAGCGGGGCUCCUGGUCUACUCUGACCCUCAGCCACGCCCAUGAAGUCUGCCAGAAGACCUCAGCCACCUUGGAUAAGAGCCUGCUAAAGUCCAAAUCCUGCCACCAGGGUCUAGCCUACCAUUACCUGCAGGUGCCCGGCGGCGGCGGCGAGUGGAGCACCGGGCUGCUGUCCCCGCGCGACGCGGACGCCGCGGCCGAGGGCCCCAUCCCGUGCAGGCGCAUGCGCAGCGGCAGCUACAUCAAGGCCAUGGGCGAUGAGGACAGUGAUGAGUCCGGCGGCAGCCCCAAGCCCUCACCCAAGACGGCCGCGCGGCGCCAGAGCUACUUGAGGGCCACGCAGCAGUCGCUGGGAGAGCAGAGCAACCCCCGCAGGAGUCUGGACCGCCUGGAUUCAGUGGACAUGCUGCUGCCCUCCAAGUGUCCGAGCUGGGAGGAGGACUACAACCCGGUCAGCGACAGCCUCAACGACUCCAGCUGCAUCAGCCAGAUUUUUGGACAGGCCUCCCUGAUCCCCCAGUUGUUUGGCCAUGAGCAGCAGGUACGGGAGGCAGAUCUGAGCGACCAGUAUGAGGCAGCCUGCGAGUCUGCCUGCAGUGAAGCGGAGUCUGCAGCCGCCGAGGCACUGGACUUGCCGUUGCCCAGCUACUUUCGCUCCCGCAGCCACAGCUACCUGCGGGCCAUCCAGGCGGGCUGCUCGCAGGAGGAGGACAGUGUCUCCCUGCAGUCCCUCUCCCCUCCGCCCAGCACUGGCAGCCUCAGCAACAGUCGCACGCUUCCAAGUUCAUCAUGCCUAGUGGCGUAUAAGAAGACCCCACCACCAGUCCCUCCACGUACCACGUCAAAGCCCUUCAUCUCUGUCACGGUGCAGAGCAGUACUGAGUCUGCCCAGGACACCUACCUGGACAGCCAGGACCACAAGAGUGAGGUGACAAGCCAGUCGGGCCUGAGCAACUCAUCGGACAGCCUGGACAGCAGUACUCGACCGCCCAGUGUGACACGGGGCGGAGUCACCCCAGCCCCUGAGGCUCCUGAGCCACCCCCAAAACAUGCAGCUCUGAAGAGUGAACAAGGGACGCUGACCAGCUCUGAAUCCCACCCUGAGGCCAUCCCCAAAAGGAAACUGUCAUCUAUAGGAAUACAAGUUGACUGCAUUCAGCCAGUGCCAAAAGAGGAGCCCAGUCCCGCUACCAAAUUCCAGUCCAUCGGGGUUCAGGUAGAGGACGACUGGCGAAGCAGCGCCCCCUCUCACAGCAUGUCCUCCCGACGGGACACCGACUCAGACACCCAGGAUGCCAAUGACUCAAGCUGUAAGUCAUCUGAGAGGAGCCUCCCGGACUGUACCCCACAUCCCAACUCCAUCAGCAUUGAUGCCGGCCCUCGGCAGGCCCCCAAGAUUGCCCAGAUCAAGCGCAACCUCUCCUAUGGAGACAACAGCGACCCUGCCCUAGAGGCAUCCUCGCUGCCCCCACCCGACCCCUGGCUCGAGACCUCCUCCAGCUCCCCGGCAGAGCCAGUGCAGCCAGGGGCCUGCCGCCGGGACGGCUUCUGGUUCCUGAAGCUCCUGCAGGCGGAAACGGAGCGGCUGGAGGGCUGGUGCUGCCAGAUGGACAAGGAGACCAAAGAGAACAACCUCUCCGAAGAAGUCUUAGGAAAAGUCCUCAGUGCUGUGGGCAGUGCCCAGCUACUGAUGUCCCAGAAAUUCCAGCAGUUCCGGGGCCUCUGUGAGCAAAACCUGAACCCUGAAGCCAACCCACGUCCGACAGCCCAGGACCUGGCCGGGUUCUGGGAUCUGCUACAGCUGUCCAUCGAGGACAUCAGCAUGAAGUUUGAUGAACUCUACCACCUCAAGGCCAACAGCUGGCAGCUGGUGGAAACCCCCGAGAAGAGGAAGGAAGAGAAGAAACCACCCCCUCCGGUCCCAAAGAAGCCAGCUAAACCCAAGCCGGCAGGGAGCCGCGACAAGGCCUCGGACGCCGGGGACAAGCAGCGUCAGGAAGCCCGCAAGAGACUCCUGGCGGCCAAGCGGGCAGCCUCCGUGCGGCAGAACUCAGCCACCGAGAGUGCGGACAGCAUCGAGAUUUACGUCCCUGAGGCCCAGACCCGACUCUGAGACCAGGAAGCAAACAAUUUUAAGUCAUUAAAAACAACACCCACCACCCACACAAACUAAAUGUGAACGGAACACCAUUUUCUCAACCUUUAAGAUGGUUAUUCUGUCCAGAGACCCUGAGCCAACUUUCAAAUUGACGCAUACAAGGGCUCACAAUUUGGCUUUUUUGGGUCCCUCCCAGCUUUAGGUUAUGAAGACUUCAUACAAAAAAAAAAAACACAAAAAACUCAAAACGUUUUCUCCCCUCCGGCUGGCCGCGGUGGGCUAGGUAGACGGACCUCGGCCCCUCGCGGCCCAGCCUCCAGACUGCGGUCUUUUUACUUGUUCUGUCUCACGAGAACUCGCACUAGCUUGUUUACAAGACGAGGACAGUCCGAGGACAGCCUUGGGCCCCUG